CCAGACCUGUGCGCGGAGGAGAGUUGUGUCCUGAUCGAAGCCGAGGCGAGGGAGCCAGGAAAACGACCUGCGACUGCAGCCGGGUUUCAAAGCUGAUAAUUGUCUCCUAGCCGGUCCGGGCAGCAAUUGCGCGGAGCUCCGCGUUGGGACCUUCCGGGGGGAACCUGGGCCUAGGGCUGUUUCGGGCGCCUACCGCGGGCGCUGGGAACCCCGGGGCACUCGGCCGCUCCUCCCAGUGCCCCGGCCCGCGGCACCCGGGCUCCCGCCCGCGCCUCUGGAGGGGGGACCUGGACGCGCGGGACAGAGGCUUUGCUAAUUACCAAGCAGGAAGUGAGCGCAGGGAAGAGCGGUCGAAAGCCGGGGAGGGGAAAGAGGAGGAGGGGCGCGCGGGGCAGCGGAGGUUUGCGCCCCGCGUGUCGGAGCGGUCCGCCUCCCCGCCCCUGCAACCCGGCUCUCCUCCGCUGUCCUGCUCCGGCGCCCCACCCCGCCCCCAUGGCUUCUCCGGACGACCCUCUGCGCGCAGAUCACUUGGCAAAGGAGCCAGUGGAAGACACAGACCCCAGCACUAUAUCCCUUAACAUGUCAGACAAAUAUCCCAUUCAAGAUACAGGACUCCCUAAAGCUGAGGAGUGUGAUCCGGUUGCUUUGAACUGCCCGACCAAUUCAGAUAUGCAGCACCAGGGAGAAGAAAAUGGCUUUCCAGACAGUACUAGAGAUCCCCUUUCAGAUCUAAGCAAGGACGAGCCCUGCACCGAGAAGUGUACCUGUUCCUCCUGCUCGCUCCGGGCCCCCACCAUCAGCGACUUGCUCAACGACCAGGACUUACUAGACGUGAUCAGGAUAAAGCUGGAUCCCUGUCACCCGACGGUCAAAAACUGGAGGAAUUUUGCAAGCAAGUGGGGCAUGCCCUACGAUGAACUGUGCUUCCUGGAGCAGCGGCCGCAGAGCCCCACCCUGGAGUUCCUGCUCCGGAACAGCCAGAGGACGGUGGGCCAGCUCAUGGAGCUCUGCAGGCUCUACCACAGGGCCGACGUGGAGAAGGUCCUGCGCAGGUGGGUGGACGAGGAGUGGCCCAAGAGGGGCCGUGGAGACCACCCCCGGAACGUCUAGACCCCAGCUCCUUCUUGGUGGCCUCCCUGGACUUUGAAACAAGCCCAGGUUAAGGAGUGACUCGAAUCUGUUCUUUUUUAAGUUUAGGGUGAGCAUGUGGAACAGUGGGCCUUGGUUUUCCCCACACCUGGUGCUUUUGUGGAGGGAUGGGGUGUGUUCUGGGUGGCGGAUUUUCCUUUAGUGUUGCACAUCUGUUUUAAUUUAAUAUUUGAAUCUGAAACUGGGGACAGUGUGUGGUAGGCUCCUUAUAGGGACCAGGGCUAAAGCUGCCGUCACUUGGAUUCAUGCCGGGGUGAAAAUAAAAGUUUCCUCUCAAUUAAA